CUUUAAAAAAAAAGUACUCGGGGGAAGCAAAUGCGAGUCUGAACAUGCAAGAAAAUCGCAUAUUCAUCAGUUGCAUAUAAAUGAACACACCAUCGGUUCGCCAGGCCUGCAUUGAACCGACCAUUCUUUCGGUUCAGAUCUUCACAACUAAAUUGAGCAGGAUCUCAGUUUUUCCUUGUUCUCGAUCGUGCACUAUUCAUCACUAACAAGGCCGUCCCCGAAGGUCUUAAAGAAGGAGAUCAUAUCAGAAGUCGGCCGAGAGACAUGGGGUUUGUUGUGGUGAUAUCGCUUCCAUUGAUAUUGUUUGCGCUGCUGCUGGGAUUUGGUUGCUACUUCCUUGGGAGGGCAAGGGGGAGAAGGGAGCUGCUGGCCACUGCGCAGGUUCACGUCCUCCCCACACCACCUCCAGGGGCUACAACAAAUCAGCAGCUCGGCGGCCCUCCUCCUCCUGCCAUGAUGAAGUGUGACAACUCCAUGAACGUUUAAUUUCAUGAGAUGGAACUCCAUGAACUUCAGUAAUGUUAAAUAUAAUCCUUUCUGCUUUGCUCUGCUCUGUCUUGCGCGCUCUGUUUUCUAUUCUUUGCUUGUGUUGUAAUUUGAUAAUAAAACAGCUUAAAUACUAAAUACUCUAUUGUAAUUUACCGUUUUACCAGAAGAUGAGAAUUUGGAUCUCUCAUUUAUUUUAUCAA